AUGGACCGACGCGACUGGGUGCGUGUGAUCGAUCAUUCCAAAUAUCUUUGCCGUUCACGUCAAACUUUAUACUUUGAUGAAAACUUGCAUUAUAUAAAUAAAUAA